UUUACUCAGGCAGCAGUAAUUUUCCAUACCGCUCGGUUGUGUUUACCAGUUCGCGACGUUUAACUAGGCUUCAAUGCAAUUAAUACCCUAAGACGAAAAUCGCUUCUUUGUGCUUGACACCUGAAGGAGAACGAAACCUUCUAGAAUUUACAUUCACGUCCUAUGGGUGAUUUCACUUGUUUGAAGUAGAUGAAGCCGGCGAUCAAGGGCAGCCCGAGAGAUCGAUAAUUUUGCGCAGUGUGUUCAGAGUUCAGGUUCAUUUGGAGUCUGAGAGUAAAUUGUUUUUGUCUCGAGUACAAAACUCUGAGUUUGAGCGGAAAAACACACGUGAGUGCAAGUUAUGUGUAAACAUGGAGCGUGCAGUUGAUGUAUUGCGAGACGCUUCAGUAUGGCUUCGAUCUCUGCCAAAGGGAGAUAUUAAUGAGAAGCAAGAAGAAGGAUUCCCAUUCAAGAAAGAUGCUCCAACGACAAAACCUGACGCCAUCUGGUCUAAAACUAAAGAACCCCAGAUCGUCGUCGAGACUGAUUCGUUUGACAAAAAGAAACUGAAGGAUAAACACGAUGAAUUCAACUUCGACAAGGCGCGAGAAAAACUGCGAGAGAAGCUUGAAUCUGUAUUAGCUUUUCCGAGCGAACUGAAGGAAAAAUUCCAAACGAAAUUUCUCCACGACACCGCAGUUAAAGUUGACAUUUCCGAAAGAGAAGAGACCAGAUCCGGGAAAGAAACCGACUUUGAUCGAGAGUAUGACAUAAUCGAAUUGCGCGAAAAUAUAUUCGUCAUCGGAGGAGCAACCGAGGGCAACGAAAGCGAGCCCUCUUCGGCUGUUGGAGUCUUCAAUUGUGCCGAAAGAACAUGGCGGGAAAUUGCGCCUUUGCCGGUGAAGACAACGGCUUGUUAUGCUACGGAAGUAACAGCUAUUCCUGCUCUUGUGGUUGCGGGCGGUUUUGGUGGAUGGAAGGCCCUUAACACGGUUCAGAUGUACGACUGGGUUACUAAGGAAUGGUGCAUCCUUAAACCAAUGAGAAAAAGACGAUGGGGUUGUUAUGCGACAGGAACAGAGCACGGGAUUCUCGUAGCUGGAGGCUGCGACCAAGGUACUGUCCUAAGCAGUGUCGAGCUCUACAACGUCAAGAAGAGAGAGUGGUUCACACUUCCAGAGAUGCUGGAACCCCGCUGCAACUUUGGUGGCGGAAUCAUCGACCGGAAGCUGCUUGUGGUUGGAGGUGGAUCAGGCUUCUACUUCAACAGCGCUAAGAAUUCAGCUGAAAUUUUCGACGGAGAGAAAGGAAAAUGGACAAAGCUACCGCCAAUGAAGCGAAAGCGCUACGGCUGUGCUGCUGUAGCAUGGAAAAGAAAGCUUUUUGUGGUUGGUGGCUGCGACAAGAGCGGAUCCGAUGUGCUAGAAGUUGAGGCGUUUGAUUUGGAGGGACAUGUAUGGCUAAACUUCCCUCCGUUACCCGUAGGAUAUUCUUUGUGCCGGGCUAAAAUUGUGCAAAACAUGCUCGUGGCAUUUGGCGCUGAUGGUGGUGAAAAUACCGCAUAUGCCUUUGAUUUUGAACUCAACAGAUGGGAGAAGUAUAUCGAGUUACCACAAGGCAGAAAUGCUUACGCUAUUGGAGUUAUCGGCAUUUAAAAUAUAGAAAUCAUCGUUAAGUUGUAUCCUAAAAUUUAUCGAAAAUUCUCAUUUUGCAUGGGAGCAAAUGGUUACGUAAGGGUUUCAAGAGCACGAAAAAUUCCCAAAUUUAUAACAAAAGUACUUUUCCAGAGUAUUUCUUUACUUUGUCAGUCGCCAAUCGACGAAAAAGGUUCAGAAAGCCUGUUAUAAGUAAAUCAGCGAGGAUUUUUAGAUUGCACCUGAUUUUUUUUGCAAAAUCGCUCUGAGAGAGAGCUUGCUGAAAAGUGAUCCAAUUGAAGGGCUCGAAACAUUUCAAUAUGUAUAUUGCUAAUACUUUUCCACUGUAAGGCUUCACUGAAUCUUUCGGCAAUCGACAUAACACAAUCAGAAAACUGUUUGUAGAUAACUCAGUUAAGAAAUUUGAAUUGCCCUUUUAUGUGGAUAUUGCUGCAGGAACGUGUCCAGAAUAUUCUAAACAAAUGGUUCACGGUUCUGCGUCGAUAUAGCCAGUAGGUUUUUAGAAUGUUGUAGAAUGUUAUAGAUUUGCAAUUUAUAUAUUUAGAAAAUGACGCAGAAACUUUUUGUGCUCUUUGUUUUCUUAUAAGAAGCAAAAAAAACAAUCAUCAUUGUUUAUUAGAAGUAACUUGUUCUCUUUAAGAACAUUUCCGUAGAUGUUCUCUCCUUGUAGAGAAAAUGCGGCAUAUAGAAUUUGUGAUCUUCAUUUGUUUACGCAACAACAUUAUCUUCGUAAGCAGCUCUUCUUAAGUGUCGAAUUUUUGCGAUGGUUAUCUUGAAAUAUUAUUUUGUACAACGGUCCAGUUUUAAAA